UCACCUAGGGGUCAGCGCGACUGCUCUGAAUUUUGAAGCGCUAUCUGCCUCCCGACAGGCGGGGCUGGGGGAGGGGGGUGGGGGUGGGGUGGCAGCAAACGUGCUGGACCCACGUGUGACCCGUGCAGUACAUUUACUGGCGCUUGUAUCUUAGGUUCGUCGGGGCGGUGAAUCUAAAUUCCUGGAGUCCUCUGAGUGCAAGGCCAUGGCUCGGAAAAGCACGACAGACCACGACAAUAACCUACUUUACGGAGGAGACCUAGGCUCCGAGGUGAGCAGACGCAGGGUCACCGUGGCCCCCAGAGAAGAGAGAUUUACCAAGAAAAGUGAUGAAGCCAGGGAGAUGAUUUCCAAUCCGGAUUUGGAACAAGUCCGUUCUAGCAGGGCGGGCCCUACGGUACCCCCAGCCGCUCCCUCUCCUCCAGUGGAGGACCACAAGGGCUAAGGGGGCUUUUACAUCACUCCAGGAAGGUUCCCAUCAAGUUCUUGGGGUUGGUCUUUGAAGAUGGUCUUGGAACAUCUCUGUUCUUUCUUUCCUGUUUUUCUUUUCUCACAACCACCGUUGAGUGUUGGCUAUCCUCACUAAUGUAAUUAGAGCAAUUUCUGGUUUUUCAAGUCCGGUCUCUGAUAUAUGUACACACUUGAUCUUUAAUUGGUUCCAUUCUGCAGAGCAUUUAUGGUAGUCGAGUGUAUCAGAAUCUUUUUAAAAAUCAGGCUUUGAUGUUUGUUAUUAAAUCUGGAUGAAUGAAAAGUCCAGGACUCUGUGCCUUUAAAUCUAAAAAGAUUUGAGCUCCAGAGAACCAUGAGAUAUUUGGGUUUUCAGAACUCGGCCUGGGACGCUACAGUUUUAUGGCCUUUCGCACUGAUUUAACUGUGCCGCAUCCCGUCUCCUGUGCAGGGUGCUUAUGUUUCACAUUUAUGGACACUAUUUUCAAAGUGUGCCUCCAGGGGAUCUCAGUGAAUUUCAAACUCUAACAGAAGAAACCUAACCUGACUGCUUUUCACAGCCCAGUGCAGAGUAGGAAAGAAGUGCAUGUUCAAGGCUCUCCACCAACCCCAAAGCACCGCUGAGGACUUCCAAGGCUUUUCUGAGCAGUUUGAAAGCAUCAGCGAUGCGAUCCUUCGAAUCCACGUAUGGGAAAUGUACUGAGGGGCCAUCUUUGAGUUCUUCCACUUCAUAGGGUCCUUGUGGGUGUCGUCUCUCCAAGCCUGCCCUUAAACACAUACUCUGGUCCCCCUACCCACAUAGUCUGUGGGCUGUGCCUUUGGUCCGGUCAGGUUCCUUACUUGCGGUCUGUCCCGGCAGCGUGGGGCAGGGGCUGGGGGCAGCAUGCACGGGGUGCCUGUCCUUGCCAGCUGGGUGCUCCACAUACACAU